AUGCUAACUAAACAGACCGCUCGCAUUGGUCGUCAACACAUUGUCCUAGGAACCAAGGCCGACAACCGUAUCACCAUCUCCAACUUCUUUAUCAACGGCGAGUCAGACUGGUCCGCUACCUGCGACGGCUACCGCUACUGGGGCAUCUACCUGGGUGGCUCCUCCGAUAUGGUCUCCAUGAAGCGCAACCACAUCUACCACACCAGCGGUCGCAGCCCUAAGGUCCAGGGCAACACUCUCCUGCAUGCCGUUAGCAACUAUUGGCAUGAUAACUCCAGUCAUGCGUUCGAAAUCCCGGGGGUGGCUACUUUCGCCGAGGGCAACGUCUUCCAGGACAUCGGUGUCGUUGCUGAGCGGGGACCCCCAUCAACAGUGCCCUGUUCACCUCCCCCACACCACUACCAACAACGUUUGCUGUCCUACAUCGAUCGAGCCUGUCAGAUCAAUGGCAUUGGGAACUCGGGUACCUUCAAGCAGUCGGAUGAGAGUUUCCUGUCUAAAUUCCAGGGCAAGAAUAUUGCUUCCGCUGAGUUUUAUACUUCUGCGGCCUUUAGUGUUUCCUCCGACGCUGGGCAGGGCCACUUGUAA